AUGACCGAGCUGCGGAAGCGAACUGCCGGAGGAGCGCUCCCGGAGAACAGCGACCUCAGCGACCGGGAGGUGGAGGGUGUGGACACAGAGGCAGAGUGUGAUGGAGAUAAAGCAGAGACUCCUGAUGUGCCCCCAUCCAACGCAGACAACACCCCAGAAUGUUUCAACAAGGCUCUGGAAGGACUGCCCCCGCGAUGGAAGAAUUACGUGAUCCGAGGAGUGUUGUCCAUCGCCAUGAUCACCGGGUUCUUCCUGAUCAUCUAUCUGGGCCCCAUCACUUUGAUCCUAGUGGUCAUGACGGUCCAGAUCAAAUGCUUCCAGGAGAUCAUCACCAUUGGAUACAGAGUUUAUCGAUCCUAUGAGCUGCCCUGGUUCCGCACACUCAGCUGGUACUUCCUUAUCUGCGUCAACUACUUCUUCUACGGGGAGACGCUGGCCGAUUACUUUGGCGCCCUGGUGCAGAGGGAGGAGCCGCUGACGUUCCUGAGCCGGUACCACCGCUUCAUAUCCUUCGCCCUGUACCUGGCAGGGUUCUGCAUGUUUGUGCUCAGUUUAGUGAAGACGCAUUACCGCCUGCAGUUUUACAUGUUUGCCUGGACCCAUGUGACCCUGCUGCUGGUGGUCACUCAGUCUCACCUGGUCAUUCAGAACCUGUUUGAGGGCAUGAUCUGGUUCAUUGUGCCCAUCUCCAGCGUGAUCUGUAACGACAUCAUGGCCUACCUGUUCGGCUUCUUCUUCGGCAGGACUCCUCUCAUCAAGCUGUCCCCGAAGAAAACCUGGGAGGGCUUCAUCGGCGGCUUCUUUGCCACUGUGGUGUUUGGCUUCCUGCUCGCCUACCUUCUGUCUCAGUUCCAGUACUUUGUGUGUCCCGUGGGCUACAACAGUGACAGCAACAGCUUCACCAUUGAGUGUGAACCGUCCUCCAUCUUUGUGCUGCAGGAGUACACACUGCCCACUGCUGUGCACAACACACUGGGCUGGGAGACAGUGCAGCUCUACCCUUUCCAGAUCCACAGCGUCUUCCUCUCGUCCUUCGCGUCUCUGAUUGGUCCUUUCGGUGGAUUCUUUGCCAGUGGCUUCAAGCGAGCGUUUAAGAUCAAGGACUUUGCCAACACCAUCCCGGGCCACGGUGGAAUCAUGGACCGCUUCGACUGUCAGUACCUCAUGGCAACCUUUGUGCACGUGUACAUCGCCAGCUUCAUCCGGGGCCCGAACCCAAGCAAGGUGCUCCAGCAGCUGUUGCUGCUUCAGCCGGAGCAACAGCUCAGCAUCUUUCACAACCUGCACUCCCACCUGAGAGAGCAAGGCCUGCUACCUCCACAGGCCUAG